CUGAUGAAGAGGAGGCGGUGGAGAUGGUGGAGGUGGGGCCCGCACCAGCGAAUGAGGUCAUCGAAGGAGAUGUGAUUGGGAACGGUGAGAAUGAAGCCAAGAGAAGAGCGAGAGCUAGGGCUUCGAAUCGAGGAGUGAGAGGAGCUCCGGAACAAGUGGAGAACCCCUCUUCGCUCCCUGAAUUUAGGGCUCAAAUCUUCAUCGUUCUAGGAGAAGAUGGAUUCAGGGUCCAGAGGCUGCUCCGAGUCGACCGAGUGAACUCGGAGAAAGUCACCACCAGAGAGACUUGUGACGACGGAGGCAUCGUGAGCGCCGGCGAUGUUCUUCGGAGGGUUGGAGUUCUUGGCGGAGUGCUGGGGUGAGGACAGGGGUUCUUCAAAGCUUUUAGGGUUCUGGCCUUCUGG